AUGAACAUGGAAUCGCAAAAUGAUUGGAUUAAAUACUGUUCAGAUCACAUUUUGAGAAAAAUGAAAUCUGAUCGGUAUGGCAAUCUGUUUGCUAGUCCUGUUUUGGAAGCAAGCGAUUCUAUCAUUCCGCCUUCAGUCAAAGAUAAUUAUAGACUUGUUAUUAGAAAACCCAUGGACUAUAAAACAGUCAAGAUGAAGUUGGAUUCUGGUUCGUAUAUGAACCCAGAAGAGUUUUACGAGGAUAUGAAGCUGAUUUACGAUAAUUGCAUGAGGUUUAAUCCACCAAUUGGGAACAGCAAGUGGGCACACGAUGCUGCAGUAACUACACUAAAGAAAUUCGUGAAAAUGUGGGAAACAUCAUAUAAAAUAAUUAAUGCUUUGUAUGAAAGAACUAAAAGUUCGAGCAUUCCCAUGCCUGAACCAACAACAACAGCAGCAGUACUAAACAAUUUCUCAAGCGUUAAUUCAAAUUACCUGAACGCAAGCGAUAUAAACAAAUCACGUAUGACAGAGAGUUAUGAUAGGCCAUUUCCCACAACCGAUGUUUAUGAUGGAGCAUUUCCAACUGCUGAUGGAUACGAUAAACCAUUUCCCUCAACACAGAGUUAUGAUAGAGGCUUUUCUACAACUGAAGCAUUUAAUAGAACGUUUUCUAAUACGGAUGGGAUUAACGUUUACCCAGAUCUUAGCUCAGAUCCAGCAGUUGACCUUUCAUGCACGUUCAGUAAUAGUGAAAUCACACCGAGAAACAAGUGGUCAUUCAGACUAAGUCUGCAGAGUAUCCAGGAGUAUAAACUGCGAAAAGGGUUUGUUAAUCAAGUGCCCGAGUCUGACGGCUUUUCAAGUUAUCUGGAUCCCAAAAUAACACACGAAAAUGAUCUUUCACUCAACACAAAUACACAAAUGACGUCAAUUUCAUACGACGGAUUUCACACUGUAGGAACGGCUCUGGAAGCCUCAAAUUUUGAUGUUUACAACGAGUCAGGACUCUCAACAUUCGCCGGAGCAGUGGAUUACGAAGACUUCGAAGGUGAAACGCAUGCAAGUUUUGACUACGAGUUGCCUCAGAUCCUUUCCAAAAAUGAUGAUGGGGUGGUAUGCGUCAGCUUUCUCUCAGAUGGUGAUUGUAAUACGCUUUUCCCAGAUUGGAAUGUCAUUGGGAUCACACCAGAGAAACCAUAUCAUCCCAACACAUACAGCUCUAAUAAUGGCAGAUAUAAUACUGGAAAUAACGCAUACAACUCUACUAAUAAUGGAUAUAAUAAUGGAACUAGUAGAUUUAACACGUAUAACGCGAAUAACAGUAGAUAUGCUAGUGGAAAUAGUAGGUACAAUACAUCAAACACCAGAUACAGUAUGAGUGAUGUGAAUAUUCGAUACGUUUAUAAUCAGCUGUAUUUGAAUGAUAUAAACAGCUUAAAAUUCGACCAUAAGCAGCUGGUCCAGGAAAAGGAACCGAUGGAGGAGGAAUAUAAGCUUGAAGAAAACCAUCCGAAAAUCAAGUUUAACCUUAAUAAUCCGUCUGAAAUGGAAACGACGAACCCUGGGUCACCCGAUAAUUCCUUUUAUAAUCUGGAAACUGAUGAAUUGUCUGAAAAUGUGUCUAGAAAUCCUAAAGGCAGGAAGGGAUUUAGAAAAUUCGUAGACAACUUACUUGUAAAAAAGAAUGUUGAUUCCUUUGUAAAGAGGGAAAACUAUAAUGUAAACACUUCAGAUUUAACGCUCGAUACUCAUAAUAACAAUUUAAUAAAUAAGUUUUUUAAUGCAGAUUCACUCGAUUCAGAUUACACUGAUUAUUUAAGUCCCAAUUACAUAAAUUCAAACACAGAUUUAAAUUCCAUUAAAGAUUAUAUACAUUCUAACGGGGAUUAUUUAAACCCCGACACAGAUUUAACUAAUAAAGACUAUAUACAUUCCAAUGGGGAUUACUUAAACCCGAACGGAGACCUAAAUUCUAAUAAAGAUUAUUUGUACUCUAAUGAUUACCUGAGCUUGAACGAGUUGGAGUAUAACAUGCUUGGUGUGAGGCCGAAGGAAGAAACGCUGGAUCUAUAUAUAGAUAUCGACUCAAAUUCGAUAGUGAACGUAUCGGAAACAGCCUUGUUGCUGGAGAAGAACUUUUUUAGCAGAGUGUCCGUGAAGGAUGAGUACUUUAAGAUUUGUGAGAAGCCCCAGUUGUCGCUGAUUUGCAGUAACAAGGGCUACUUUAAACUGGAUGAAUCAGACUUUGUUUACGAGGAUGUCGAUAUGAAACACAUUCGCAUCUUCUUCUUUAACUGUGCCAAGAGCAAAGUUAAGGUUUCGUCAAGAAAACUUAGCUUCACAGAUUUGGUUCUGGGCGACCGAUAUAAUUUAUCCCUUGUAAACAAUUUGCAUAACGAGUUUAAGCUUGGAAACGUGUCGCACUUGCCCUUCUUCACUCUGCCAAACUCCACACCGAUAUGCUUCUCAAAGCAGCAGGACAUCCUCUACAGGCUUCAGCUCAUCAACAACUCACUCCCAGUGCAGCUACUAGCCCUGCACAUCAUCUCAACUCAUUAA